UUUCCAUCAGCGUGAGUCGGAAGAAGCGCAACCCCACUGAGGAACUCCAGGAAGACUUCACGCAUAAAAGCUUCGGGAUUUACGCACACAAGCCUCGCGACCGCACCUGCUCGUUUCGCGCGCAUACAUUAUGGGACGCACAACUAACACUAGUUGACACUUGGAUAGAGCGCGCGCAAAGCAUGGCUUGGAUUCGCUCGUGUUUGUUCCUCUCUUGUGUUGGGCAGGUGUUGGCAAAUCCGCCAACCGAGACGAGGGUAUAUUUGGAUAACAUUACGCGCGUUUUGGAUAGAUUAUUAGAUGGAUAUGACAACAGACUCCGACCUGGAUUUGGAGGACCUGUCACAGAGGUUAAAACGGACAUCUUUGUCACCAGCUUUGGUCCUGUUUCUGAUGUGGAAAUGGAAUACACAAUGGAUGUGUUUUUUCGGCAAACGUGGAUAGACGACCGGCUGAAAUUUGAGGGCCCCAUUGAGAUCCUGCGACUCAACAACCUGAUGGUCAGCAAGAUCUGGACACCGGACACUUUCUUCCGAAAUGGCAAACGUUCUAUUUCGCACAACAUGACCACCCCCAACAAGCUGUUCCGCAUCAUGCAGAACGGAACUAUUCUGUACACCAUGAGGUUAACUAUCAAUGCUGAGUGUCCCAUGCGGCUGAUCAAUUUUCCAAUGGAUGGACAUUCAUGUCCUUUGAAAUUCGGCAGCUAUGCCUAUCCAAUGAGUGAGAUUGUCUACACGUGGAAGAAAGGGCCGUUAUUUUCGGUGGAGGUUCCUCAGGAGAGUUCCAGCCUGCUUCAGUAUGAUCUGAUUGGACAGACGGUGUCUAGUGAGAGGCUGAAGUCAAACACAGGUGAAUACAUAGUCAUGACGGUGUACUUCCACCUGCAGAGGAAAAUGGGUUUCUUCUUGAUCCAGACAUACAUCCCGUGCAUUAUGACUGUGAUCCUGGCACAGGUCUCCUUCUGGAUCGACAAAGAGUCAGUACCGGCCAGAACUGUGUUUGGCAUCACCACAGUCCUAACCAUGACCACACUGAGCAUCAGCGCUCGUCACUCGUUACCCAAGGUCUCCUAUGCCACCGCCAUGGACUGGUUCAUCGCCGUCUGCUUCGCGUUCGUCUUCUCAUCCCUUAUCGAGUUUGCUGCUGUCAACUAUUUCUCCACCUUGCAGGCCAAUAAGGAGCUUCGGCGGGUCAACAGGGCCUGUGCCGCGGGCAGGAGUGAUGGAGAACCUGUUACGAAUCCUCUGGACCCUGGAGGUGUGUUGAAGAAAAGGCCUAACUCCCUCUCUCAAAGAGAUGCUCCUGACAGGUUCUCCAGACCGCCACAGCCUGAUCUCCAUCAGCGAGGUUCCACUGUCCCUGCCAACAACCUCCUGACAGGAACUAGUAUUAUUGACAAGUACUCACGCAUCCUUUUUCCUCUGUCGUUUGGGGCCUUCAACCUGGUCUACUGGAUCGUUUAUCUCACCAAAGACACCAUGGAGUCCAGGGAGGUGUGAGCUUAUGUUAGAAGCCACAGAGAAAGGCGACUGAAGACAUGGUCAUCUAACAAACUGACAGAUGGAUAUAUGGAAGGAUGUGUGGAUGAGAGACACAUUCAGGGUCUGCUGCUGAAGAUGAAACUGUGACUGCAAGGGGACAAUGAUAGCCUUCUUCAUCUUUUCCCCUUCCCUCUCUUCAGCCCAAUAGCAUGUAUUGAUCUCUCAUCACUCUGGUACGAAACUCUCCGACUGCAGAAUGAUUUUCCUACUUCCUAAAGACAGUGAAGGUGCAAUGGCUCUUGUGGCACUCUUGUUUUGACAUUGUCACGUAAUUACACACUCAACAUUUUCCCUUCACACAAAAUAAUAAUAAUAAUAAAAACUACUCUUCAGACACCCACAAUAAUGUGCAGGUAAAACUUUCCAGCAAUUGUAAGCCUUAUAGCACCCAUGCUACUUUUACCCUGAACAGAAGCACCAAGCACCAGCUUGAGUCGAUUUUUUGAAAGCGUACUGUACAAGUGUGUAGCGAGUGAACCAUUAGUGAACCAUUUUACAUUAAAUAUUAUUACUAGUAUUAUUCGUAGGUUACACUUUGUUUUGUAAAUGUCCAAACCAUUACAGAUCUUCCAGUGUGCUGAGACAUGUAUGAUGGUUAUGAGGUACACAAUUGACGAUACCUUUUGGAAUUUAGCAACAACUCGGUCAGGUGUCCCUUUAGUCCAUCUGUGCCUAGGGGAAUUUUCAUUUGCACUAUAUUUGAAAGUGCAUGCACUUACUGUACAGUUUACUUACAAAACAAACUACUGAAUAAAAUAACGUAACUACGAGUUUAGGUUUAUUUUACGGUUAGUACCUAGUUAUUACACAGUUAUUACAAUUACUUUGUAUGUAAAUGCAUAACAAGAAGUGCUGGAUUUUCCUCUUGGCACAUUGAAUAUUUUUGCAGUUUAAGCAGCUGAUGCACCUGCAAUUUGUUUAGCCUCCUUUACCUCUAUCUCUAUUGCUUACACAUA